AGGUAAUCCACACAGCUUGUGUCCCCGUGCUUCACAAGAGGAAAAUGAGCUGCAUCUCGAUGCUCUUCAUCCUGCUCGUCGCUUGUCUUCUUGUUUCAAAUGCAAUGUAUAUAAAUCCAGACUAUUAUUAUGUUGAGCAGUUACCAACAAUGAAGAAAUCAGGUCAGCUUCGGGCAUUGGCUGGCUCACGGAAUUGUUUCUUUUCGCCUGUUAACUGCAUCAUCACCCAUGACAUCAACUCAUAUCGCAGACUUGCAAAGGGAUCCAGUUAUGCGUGAAACCACCUCGACUCGUGUACAUUUUUAGUCUUCCGAGAUUUUUUCCUUGUUUUUCUCUUAAUUCGUCAAUCACACCAAAAACCAUCAUUCUCUUCCUCUUCUCAUUCCAAAUCCGUACAGCGCCAACUGUUUUUGAAAUUUUAUAAAUUGUUUGUGUCCUCUUCUCACUCAUUCCCUCUUGUGUGUCGCAUAGCCAAUUCGAUGUUGAUGACAAUAAAUGAUACGCCUUGUUUA